AGAUUGACCGCGGUUAACCUAGUUGGUUAACCUACAUUCCGGUUGAAAGUUCUAGGAUGGUCAGUUUAUAACAGGUAUGAUUCGCGUACGAAGAAUUGGCGCCUUGUAGCUUAAUUUUAGCUUAAUACAUUAUAUUAGCUCUAACACAUAUUAUUUUAUAGUAUGUAAAAUGUCUAAAAUGUAUAGGGCUAUGCGGAAAUAUUACCUCCUGACCAAGUUCUCCUUCAUCUAAAGUAACAGGAAGUUAAUCUGGCGUUCUGAAAAGGGCUCAGUCACGAGGAUAUUUCUGUUUUUAAUAAUGUGUCAAUACCGGACAGAAAAUGCUUUUGUAGAGUUAUGAAAAUGAUAUCAAAAGCAUUUCAUCAGGUAGCACCAGAAACUCAUAAGGGGUUGAAACGUGUAACUCUCAUAUGUUUGCUUUGUCCUAUGCUCGUGAUUAUUCAUUUUCGAAAGUACCAUGUUUGGAGGGAGAAGAAAAGAUAACUGACCAAUCAAAUUUUGGAAACAACCUGACAUAAUUCUACUUCACCUUCCCUUGCCCGCUUAAAAAAAUGGCUGUCAAACGGCGAAAAACUCCCCAUUGACUCCUGAAAGCCGAGAAAGCCGCUUUCAAAGGUUAAAACCAGGAAUCUCACUGAAAUACUGAGCAGGAUAUUAUUGGCUUACCACCCGGGCCAAACGUAACAUUAUGAAACCCAUUGAUGUCCUGGCGACUUCUUGAAGUUGUCACUCAAAAAACGAUGCCUCGUUGACCCUCUGCACAGUAAACUUAUACUGCAAAUAAGCUUUUAAAAUUCUUAUAUUAAAAGUCUAGAAUAAACAGUAAAAAAUAUUUUCGAAUAAAAUUCAUCAGCUGCGUAUCGAAAAGCGAACCUGACAUCUUCGCAAAAAGUGAUACGUGUAACUAGUCACAAUGGUGUUUUGAGCUAAUUUUAUAAAUGAACAAACUCAAAACAAUAGACAGAGAAGCCAUUUCUUGAAAAUUUUUAUUCAAAAUCCAAAAAGUUAUUCUUUAAAGCAAUUCACAAAGCACUAUCUGAAUCGUGGAUCCGUUAACACAAGUGUAAUCGGCUGAGCACAUGGCAAAAUGCAAUACAAAAUCCAUCUCCAAUCGGGGCGCAUUUAUUUUUCUUUAGCGCAGAAGAGAAAAAUUUAUAAAACGUCUAUGAAACAUUAAAAAUACAUAAAUUCCCUUUCAAAAACGAAAUUGUCUUGGCCAUAGAGUGCAAAAUGUACCUGAAAAUUCAACAAAAACUUUGCUGCCUUGAUUGCAUUUCAAAACAGACCAUGUGCUCCGCCAUGAAGGAAACAAGGUUGAAUUCCUCAAAGGACGAUUAAUUUUCUUGAUGAAAAGCUUCCCUUCUUCCGCUAAAACAAAGCUGAGCAUUCUUUUGAACUUUCUCUUUCCAUUUUUUGUCCUUUAACGGUGUUUUUUAACCUUGAAAUGCAGAACUCUUGUCUUAAAAAUCUGCAUGGUGAUUGUGUGGCAGCCAUUUGUUGAAAAUGGAUAUCCUUCACUAAGGUUUCCAAAUAUGGGAAAAGUGAAUAUUCACGAGCAGUGAAUGCAAGUUACACGUUUCAACCCCUUAGGAGUUUCUGGUAGCACUAACCAUUAUAAUUUUUUGGUGAUUUUUUGCAGGCAUAACAUUAAAAAUUAUAUUUAAUCUACAUCCAUCCUUGCCACUUCCUAAAGCAGAUUACAGUAAAUUAAUGCCUAAAUGUGGUCUUAAAUGACAAAAAUGGAUUAUUAUUUUUGGAACUCACUUGAUACAAAAACAGAUAUUCCAACCCCUUAAAAUAGGGAGGUUUUUGUUAGCCCCAAAGGAGCUAAUACGAGUGUCAAAGGCAUAAGCCUCUAGGGGGUAGGAGGGCAUGCCCCCUCUCCCAGGAAAUUCUGCAAAUUUAGGUUCUCUCAAGUGCCAUUUCCCAGUGUUCUCACCAGGCCGCGGCCUUGCGGGAUUCCCGCAAGAAAAACUGAAAUGGCGCAUUAAAACGAAGAAGAUGCGCCCGUUAGGGCGCAGGGGCAAUUGUUUGAAUAAAUAAAAGACAUGAUAUCAAAUGAGUCAAAGUCUUUCAUUUUGUUGCCUUUACUUUCAUUGCUCCCACGCACGUCCCACUACAUCGUAAACUCCUCCUCCGAAUCGGGAACACCUCUUCCGCCAUAUUGGAUCAGGUAGGUACUUCAUGUAACAGACAAUUUGGAGUGCGGGCUCAGGUUCUUCGUACCGCGUGUUUUUUGUAACUUUGUCCCCCUAAUGUUCUUACAGGGCCCCUAUUUCUCAGAAGAGGGGGCCCUGGGACUCCCCAAGGCAAAAUCCUGGUGAGAACACUGCCAUUUCCUACAUUUUUACAAUACAUGGUGGGGCCUCCAUGUAUAAAAAUUUGUUGAGUACCUCCCCCAGGGUAAAACAUUACACAUAACACUUUCCUGUCUCACCCAGUCUCUCCAUUGAUAACCCUGUGGUCCCACCCCUUACUCUUUUAUAUAACAUUUUUCGUGAAAAGGUACCCCUCUCGUGUACCUUAUAUUGACAAAUUGUAUCCCUUUCAUAUACCUUGUUCAGAACUUUGCAUCCCCUUUAACUGCUGAAAAUGCACCAUUUUUUAAAUAGGAAUCAAUCACAAAAAUAGAACUUUUUCUUGACUUUAUGAAGCCAUACAAUUCAUCUGUUAGCCCAAAUGACAGAUUUCCCAACCCUCUUAUAUACUUCAGGUAGUGAAAUCCCUACCCUUUCAUAUACCUGAAGCUUGAAAAAGGCAGCCCUUUUGGGCAGAGCCUCCAGUUUAGGCCAUCAUAUGGAGUACCACCUUGGUGUUUUACCCUCAAAUGGCAAAAAAAUACCAAAGAUUAGCCAUUUUUUCCCUUGCUUUUAGGUUUCAUGAUAAAUCAGGAGGAUCUGAUAAAAGUCGGGAGAGCGGGUGGCAACAAAACAAAGCGGGAGACUCCCGAUCUAAUCAGGAGGGUUGAAAUAUCUCUAAAAACACAUUUAAGCUUUUUUUUUUUAAAAAAAAAGAUAGCAAAUAGUGUGUCAAUUGGCCCCUUUAAAGUCAGUGACAUGGUUUUGACCUAAAAAUCAUCAAAACUGUAUCGAAGUUUAAGUGGAUGUUUGCUAUUUGACUUGGCAGAGUGUGAAUGUGUGGCCUGUAGGUGAAUUUUUUGAUGCCAUGGCGUUACCAGUUGGUUUCCAGAUAUACCUCCUCUUUAUCGCAGUCAACAUCAUGAUGUUCAACUUUCAACAAAACUCUGUUGAAGCAUGUCCUGGGACUGUAGUCACAGCUUGUAAUGACACCAAUAGCUGCAUUCAGACGUAUGCGGAAGUCUACAAAUUGUUGGGAUCAAAUAUCAAUUACUUCAAUAUUUCACAGGCUUUAUACCCUGUAAAGUGGCUGUCAUCUCUUCUGGUCCGUGUGACCUUGAAUGGAGCCAAUGGGACAGAAAAUUACAGGCCAGUCUAUUACACGUGGAGUAUGUCAUGCUUGUAUGCUGCUUUUCCUGAAAAUGUACUGGAAGUUUUAGCUAUUGGUUCAAUUCUUGUUGCCUCAAGGACUCAGUACUUGAACAUUACGAUUGCGCCUUUCUGCUGCAAUGUAUCACAGGAGGAUCGUGAGAGAAUGAUUGAAAAUGCUUUGGCAUCAGUAAGUGAUAAUUUUUUUUUGAGGGGUAGGUCGCAGACUAUAGUAAAAUAGCCUCUUUUGAUAAUUCCGUCCGAAUGUAAUCCCAGUGGGGAGGGUCUAUACUUGGGAAUUGUCCUCAAAUACAACUGUUCUUAGAUUUAUAUAAUCAUGAAUGCUGACCACGCAAUGUACCAUAUGAAAUAUAGUACAGGUGUGGCUUGUGCAGAAAUGCAUGCAAAAUUUUAUAGUUGACCCUCUGCUAAUGGCCACCUCUCUACUAUUUCGAGUACUUGUCCAUCAAUUCGUAAAGGGGUAGUUGAGGGGUCGCGUUAAAGAAACACACGUAACUCUUUGUGAUGUUAUUAUGGGAUUGGUCGGCUUAUUCAGCAAAAAAAGAUGAAGCGUGUAUGCUCACUUGCGGAAAAUCAGCCUGUCCGUUCAAAUUGGCGAGGAGAUAUAAGCAAGGUUAUGCUCCAAUGACGGCAAAUGAAUCCUUCUAAAUUAGGCCUGGAUCGUUAACGUAAGGCAAUUUUAAAAAUAUGUUUUUGGCAAGGGCACUUUUUUCAUCUGGUUCUUUCUGAAUAAUUUGCUAACAACUCUCAUAAUUUCAGAAAUUUGAAUUUUUGUAAUGUCACACUUGUGCACUAGUUCAGGUUUUGGUGGUAUCGUGAGCAUGGAAGAAGGCUUACCUCCCCAUCGAAAAAUUAAGGAGUAAUGAUGAAUUGUUAGAAGAUGGGCAAGGGUUGAGUUUGGAGGCUGUGAAUUGACCCAAUGCAAAACUGGCCGCUAGAAUAAUAUUCUUUUGUUUAAAUUAAAACAAGACGCUGUGUGAGCGUAUGUUUGGGCGUGGUCGUACUACGGGUAUGAUACUUUGAACAUGCCUUAUUGCAGCUAAAGAACUGUCAUCAUAUCUUACCAGAGAAGACAAAUCCUUAACUCCUCUUGUUUGCCGAACCACACAGCUUAUACAGUAUGUCCCAAUCCACAUAAAAAAAAGUGUCACUUCACGACAAUGUUUGAAAAUAUGCACAUCAUCAAUGCAGACAUGCUUGGAGCCAAAUCACAACAUAGGACAUAAGUGGUUACAGCCCAGAGAGUAAGGUUUAUCUCAGCUCCACUGAUACUGACAGAUGUGUUUUCACACCCAUCACUGUACAGUGUAUUCCGGUUACCAACAAGGGCGAAUAAAGUUCCUUAAGUCCAGUAUCCACAAGGAUUGAUAAGAGAGUAACACAUUGCAUAAACUGCUAUAGGGCAGCACUGUUUACAGGAACAUUGGUAACUAUUAACAUUUGAUAUACUACAACUUUCAACAUUGCUUGAGAAAAGAUGAGGUUCAAAGGUGGCAAUAUGUACACCUUUAAGUUCAUAUAUAUCCUCAUUCCUAUGUAGAGUCUGAAAAUAUUGUACUAAUUUAUGCAUGGAUGGUAUUUCCAACAAUACACAUGUCCCUUCACUAUGACUGCUAUGAUACAUAUCUCUAGCAUGAGAAUCAAAUGCAUUAUAUCCCCCAGCCUCAGUGCUGUAGAUACCAACACCAAUACUGAAUUGCCACCAUUAAAAUGAAUGAGUUGUAGUUCAGUGCCAAGAGUGUUUCAAAUGCUGUAACCUGUGAGUGGCUUAUACAAUAGUGAUGGAUGUUACAAGUAUAACUGUCACUGUAUUCAAGGUGGAAAAAUUGCUCAAACACUAUAACCAUUCCUGGCAAUUCUGUUAACAUUGACAUAGAUUGUCUUGCAAGCAGUGACAGACAAGAAUAUAAUUGAAUACCAACAAUCAUUAUUUGAGUCAUAUCAUCAACUGAAGUAAUCUUUGUUAUCUUACUGUAAAUUAAAGCGCACAGACUCAUUGCGACACAUCGUUGUCCACCAUUUUCCCCAAAUCCUGUAACAUUUCCUUGACAGUAUGGAGCAUUAAUUGUUUUUGCAGCAUCUACAUAAACUGAAGAUCCUGGAUUCUUCUCUAUAUCAGUACAAAGCUUAAAUUGGCCAAAAUUAACCCGGUGAUUCAAACUGUUUUAAGCAGUAUAAAAUGGAUAAUUACAUGUACAGAGGGGCAAAUUCUUACUUAGAAGCCUAUUUGGAUAUCUCAUUCCACCUAAAUCGCCUGUGCUCUGAUGCUUGGGCGACAGAUACACCUUCCCUCGUUUACGAACUAGUUUUGGAGUUGGCCCUUAAGUAAAAACCCCACACUGUUACAGUUACUUCUGUACCUCUUUUACCCUGGGUGCCAGAGACUUUUCUAGCGCGGUUUCCGGUUUCUGUCAAGUCUUUAUAGUGACCCGCGCGAAAAGCCUCUGGAGCAGAGCGCUAUUGCUUUGCAAGGUCAACGGGGACGGUAAAAAGCACCGCUCCGUGCCAGAGGUUUUUCUCGCGGCUUCGCCGCUCGUCGCUUCGGCCUACGGCCGAAGAUGUGUCGGCCUUCGGCCAACACCGAGAAAAACCUCUGGUACCCAGGGUAUACCUCUUUAAGUGUAACAAUGAAUUUCAGACGACAAUGGUGUAUUUUUCCGAAUACUCUACCAUACAAAAAGUGUCACUUUCCGUGUUUUCUGUAACAAAGAUUUUAAUUUGUUCAUUGGUAGUCUGCUAGGGGCAUGACGGUAACCGGUCAUUCGUUCCAAGGUCAGAUCGUUGGCAUCGUUCCAAGUCAGAUCGUUCCAAUCAAUAGUCAGAUCGUUCCAUAAAAUAGUCAGUUCGUUCCACAAAAAAGUCAGUUCGUUCCACAUAUGAAAAGUCAAGUAAAUCAUUCUAAAUUUGUUGAGUGAAAUUUAUCGAGAAGAAAAACGUUUCGUUCAUACCAGAAGCUGAUAAAAUAGUAAUCGAUCCAAAGUUUGCGAAACGAAAUGGAGCGAAACGAAACGAAAUGGAACGAAACGAAAUGAAAAUCUGUAGUUUGCGAAAUGAGAAUCUGUAGUUUGCGAAAUGAAAAUCCUCUGGAGAAUUCCGACUUCAAAUUCAGCGUAAACAACGAAGGAGAAGACGUCAACAACAAACCUCGGAGCAGAAGGAACAUCGCUUAGCGCAGCGAAGGCAACGCCGACAACAAGAGACAGAGGAAUAGGAGAUUGGAAUCAGAGGCAUUAUUAUCGCUUUACUCUGUCGAAAACCCAGAUUUCUUAGUUUGCCGGUUUCCCAGCAAAGUCUGCAAAGUUCCAGCUCUGUAUUACAGCCCGAAGAAUAAUAAUUUUCGGGCGAACUGCACCGGGCCAUAUUUGUUCUUUGUUUUUUUCUUUUUCUAAAUCCGGACUCAGAAAUAAUGCUAAAUCUGCUUUUCAAUACACUGUUAACAAUAACACCACAUAAUACGCAAAAAAGAAGAAGAAGAAGAAAAGAAAGAACAACGUAUGGACCUUUAAGAAGAUCUUCACGGUGGGUCACCCACCCACUUGAGCGCCUGAGCUUAAGUUAAAAUUUUCUGGGCGAAACAGCUUUUUGGGGGGAAUUUUCUGUUUAGAAUAUCCGAGUAGACGCAACGGGAAUAGACUAUGAGUAGUCCCCCAUUUUUCCUACAACUACAGAUUUUCAUUUCUCAAACUGCAGAUUCUGUAGUGUGCGAAAUGAGAAUCUGUAGUUUGCGAAAUGACAGUCUGUAGUUUAGGAAACGACAAUUUACUUUCUCGUUGCGUCUACUCGGAUAUUCUAAACAGAAAAUUCCCCCCAAAAAGCCGUUUGGCCCAGAAAAGUUUAACUUAAGCUCAGGCGCUCAAGUUAAGCCCUGUCGGUCGGGGUUACGAUCCAAAGUCGAUUCGAUUUCAACCAGUCACGGGCUUUAACAUUUAAACCGCUGUUUUGAGAGUUUUUGAGCUAGAAUCGAUCGAUAGUUUUGAAAGAUAUAGCACAACAAGUUAAAGCUAAGCCGUUCUGAAGGUACAGUAUUUCGAAGCGCUUGUAACCUAAAUAUUUCUUUGCAGCGCCCGAUUUAUGCAAAUUUUGAAAACAAUGCGAGUUUCGAAUUACAAUGUCGAUUUUAUGGUACUGCGGAUUCAGGUUGAGUGUUUAAAGACGUCAGUUAUCGCGUUCGUUAUCACGGUUGAUUGGUUGCGUUGCGAGGCAAAUUGUCACACGUUGCUAGGCGGGGGAUGAUAUCUUUCUGUCGGAGAAAAGGUACGUUAAAGAAUGUAAACAUGUUAACCGUAAGCAAGAGCGGUCGCUCUUAUAUCCCAGGAAAACCUUUAUCCUCUGACCUAAGACAUAUCAUCAUCGAUAAAAUCAUUGAUGGAGGAGGUAACCCACUAACAAUGAUAUUUCCCGGUCGAUUUGUAAAUGUAGUGAGCGUCGAACAUGCGUCCGUGUUAUCUCGCGAACCUCUGCUCCCGUCUCAGCCAUGUUUUCUACUCUGUGAAUACCAGUAUCUACGGCUGGCGAAGCGAAUUCAAAGACUCUUAUUCUGAUGCUCUUAGCUCCUUUGUCUAACAAACCGUUCAUCUGCAAGCUGAAAUACUUUCUGGACAAAUCUACGCGUCGACAGUUUCAUCUUCCUUUACUGUAAGUCGCAAUGAAUUCAUUCUUCGGAGAUGGCGCACCUCGUUCACAAUGCGUUCUACGAACUUGCUGUAUUCCAUGCUCAUAAGCUCUUCUUCGACAAUAUAUACUGGAGUUAUUCUUUUUGUAGAAUAGUAGGAGUAUUCUAUCUUGAUUUCAAUCGCCAUGACAUACAGAUCGAUAAGACAAGGCGCCUUUUCCCAGACAGAACGAUAUCAUUCCCGCCUAGCAACGCCUGACAAUUUGCCUCGCAACGCAACCAAUCAACCGUGAUAACGAACGCGAUAACUCACGUCAUUAAACGCUUAACCUGAAUCCGCAGUAAUUUGUCAUGCCGAAAAUAUAAUGGACUAACCUGAUUUAAACCAAUGAAAUCGUAAGUUCUGUUAUAAAUACAUUUCCCACGACGAGAACCCAAUUCAACUUCUUUUAUUUCCUCCACAACACAAUUUUCCUUCUGUACAACUAGCUCAUUACCUUCUCUUGUCGUCACCUCGCUGCCAUCAAAACACUCUAACACAAAACUUGCUGAUAAUGCAAAAUCCCGACGUACAGCAUCGUAUGAAAAAACACAACACGCAAUACAAAAACAAGUACAUUAACAGUCACCCUGCUAAACAAAAUCGAAGAAGAAUUGUUGCAGUUAUCACAGUAGUCCCAAAAGAAGCCUCAGUCCCUUUUGGUUUCAAUUGUUGACAAUCGUCUCUUCCUUCAUCGGAACAGAUUUUUAUCACAGGCAACUCGCUGUGUUCCGCAAUGCAAAAUCAAAAUCACUACUGAUAACCAGCUACACAAAUCUUGCGACUCUCAAACUUGUUCAGCAUUCCUCUAUUCAAACUCUUAUCCAUUUUACACGUACACUCCUGUACGUCAUUGAGUGUCGUCAUAAUUUCCUUAGUCGUUCUUUGAGUUCGCGGACCAGCCCAUUCCGAAAACACUCAGUGUUGUUGUUUAGUGCGGGCCUACCGCGAACAGUGUGUGCAUUUGUAAGUUUAACCCGGAAUAACGUGAUUGAACAAUAUAUUAUAACACGUUCCUCGAAACGCCGCGGCCAAAUGAUAUCCAAACUGCUUCUCACUUCUGCUUCGAAAAAAUUUCGGAUCAAACGAUAUCCAAAUCGUCCCUCAUUGGAUUAUCCACUCGACCUAACAAAAUCGACCAAUCACAAAAAAUGGACAUAAAAUAAAGAAAAGAGCAAAUUCAGAUGACCUCUUAGGAAACAUGCAAUUAAAACUAUCUUUCGAUGAUUGGUGCAUUUCGAUCCUCUCGUCACAAAAAUAUCAGACGUCUAUCAUCUCCUCCCCACGUUGUGGGGAGGGAUGAAAAACGAGUUCCCCUAAAAACGCCUGCGUGGGAGGCUAUCAUCUUAGCGGACCUCUUAGGAAACGAAAGUUUUCUUCAACGGGUUCAAAAGGUCAUUGUUUAUGGUUUGUGAUUGGUGGAUUUCGAUCCAUUUUUUGAGUUUCUGUGUUUCAAGGUUCGUUGCUUGUGAUCUUAUUGUGACCAAAACCCGACGUUAAUAUUCCAAAUUUUUUUUUUGAUAGAUUUCAUCCCUGGACUUCAGACUUGCAAAUUUCGAUGAGGCAAAAAUACUGAAGAUUCAGAUUAAAUUUUGAGAUCGUAAAAGUGCGAUUAAGUGCCGUGUGCAAGCAGAGCUUUCUUUCCCACAUGCCUCUUACCUUUUACAAGACGUUCGAAUGACAGACAUUCGCCUCGCUUCGCUUGUUUACUUGCCUUGUUUACGUUAGCACGUAUUGCUUGCCUAUUGCACAUUUGCGUCAAAACAAGCCGUUUCCAUUACUCUAUUUGGGCCACGCCCAAAUAAUUAGACUGACUAGCCUCGUUGUCCAGUACAAAUUCAAAAGAAUACGUCAUCUAACGCGAGGCUAGUCUGGCUAAUUUUAAUUUUUAAAAAAGAUUAUUAAUCUGGCAGCCAUUUUUGCAUUGGGUCCUUUUGACUGACAUUCCCUUCGAUGACUGGAUUGAAGUCACAUUUAGACUAGCUGGGGACUCUGACGAACUGACGAUACCAGUGGUAGUGGGACAACAGGGACAGGAGUUAUUCAUUCUUGGAUUCAGUGUGAUAGAGCAGAUUUUGAAGAAACAUAAUGACGAUCCCGUAGGUGUUUCUGAAAAUAUAAUUCGACAAUCUUUUCCCUCAGUUCACUAUUCCAAGUGGGAACAUUUUUCAAUAUUGUUCGCACAAAAACUCAGGAUGCCGCUGGCACGUCUGUAGUGAGGGCUCGCAAGAAAGAUAUUUUGUGUCCUAAAGGGACAGUCAGUAAACGUUAAGUGUCGUGUCCAUCUCGGGCCUGUUGCCGAUAGUAUUUGAGCCAGAGGAAGAAGGAGAUCUCCCGGAAGGACUUUGAUUGUCUGAGGAACUGAGUAAAAUAGUUCCGGGCACAGGUUACAAUCUUAGUACAUAACUGCAGCGAUAAGAACAUCCUGCUGAAACGAAUAAUAGAACUAGGUCAGAUUCAGACGGUAAGUCAGUGUUACCUAUUCGGAAGCUUCCAGACCAAGAGCACGUCUAGGGGCCCGUUUCUCGAAAGGCCCGGUAACUUUUCGGGCCCGAAAUCAAAUAUUCAAGUAGAAAUAAAAAGAGUAAGAGCGCGGGUCCUGGCUAAAAAACUACUCCAUUUUGUUUCAUUAACUGGAGUGAUAGUUUUAUCAUGUUAGAUGCAAAACUACUGAAACCCCGGUCUUUAAUGUAAACGGAAACAGCUUACCGGGCCCGUUAAUUUUCGGGACUUUCGAGAAAAGGGCCCCAGGAAGGAAAUUCAGUUGACGUGUCCCCAUCAGAAGAACAAGCAUAGGAAUUGUGGGACCCGCCUGCUGGCCUUAGCCACUUGGAGGAAGAACAACAAUUUACUGUUACGACAAGAGGUUUGCCAUAAACAUGAAUGAAGUUGGGAGCAUGGAUAAUUUGGAAGUGGAAAUCAGUCCAAUUGAUGCGCCUGUGCAAAAGAACUGUGACCAUUCCAAAACCCCUUUACGGAGAAGUGAAGGAGUAUAUAUAUAGAAGACUUGAUCAACCGCAACUGGAUCAGCAAGUCCCGCUCGGCAUAUUCUUCCACCAUGGUUUUUUUGUUCAGAAGAAGGAUGUUUUUUUUUACGAUUAUCUAUUGACUAUCGAGAACUUAAAAGGAAAACGCGUCCCGAGCGCCAGCCAAUCCUACGGAUACAGCGUAUUUUGAAUGACCGGUGGGGUGAUAAGUGGUUUACUGUUCUCGACCCAGGAAAGGCAUAUCACUAUCACCAGGGCUUUGUCGCGGAAAUAAGCCUACCCCUUGCCCCGUUACCCUGUUAGGGGCUGUAUCAAUGGAACAGGAUCCCAGUUGGUUUCAUGAACCCCCCGGAUUACUUGACAAUAUCUGUAUACCAUACCUUGAUGAUAUUCUAAUUUAUAGCCCGCGAACAUUUGAAGACCAUGUCAGAGAUGUUCGGCGAGUACUCCAUCCAUCCAAGUACAAAUUCUUCCAACAGAGGGUCCGAUAUUUAGGUAGCAUCGUGUAAGCUGAUUGUUACUCUUUGGACCCGGAGGAUACGGUAGCACUCCAGAAGUUGAAAGUGAGAAACCAAUUACUGUGGGGGACAUCCGCAAGUUACUCGGAUUCUUGGGUUAGUACAGACAGUACAUUCCAGAUUUCUCACGCAUCGCCAAACCCCUCUAUGACCUUAUGGCGGUAUCGUAAAGCGUUAAUCAAGGCGGCAAGUCUAAUGCUACAGUCGGGGGAAAUAAUAGUUACCAAUAAUCCUCUUUUUGAGGGGUUGCUGUAUCGGUAAAUAGAUAAAAUAAAUAAAUAGCCACUGGCUCAACUGGUCGACGAUCACCAGGAGACAAUCACAGUAAACUUACAUUAAACAGUGAUGGCUUUUCCGUAUUUUUCCAAACCAUUUGUAAAAGCAUACGGAUGCCUCUCAUGAGGGCCGUGGCAGCGUGUUUUACCAGGAGCAGGACGGGAAGUUGAAAGUUAUUGGUUACGUAUCAAGGACCCUAACUCCAGCAGUGAAAACCUAUCACUUGCGUGCAGGAAAACUGGAGUUUCUGGCUCUUUUAAAAAUGGGCUGUGACUGAAAAGUUUCGGAAUUAUUUAUACUAUGCUCCAUCAUUUCACGUCUAUACGAAUAAUAACCGCAUAACGUUAGUUACUUGCAAGUUUCUACAGCUUCUUUAUAGAGGACAAUAAACGGCACCCAGUAGAGUUCAUUUUUAAAGGAGGGAAAACUAUGUCCAAUUUUAGCGUCUUAUGCAAAAGACAAUUUAUUCAGUUCAGCCUGUUCAAUUUGUUGUCCAAUUUUAAGGACAUAGAAAAACCCAAUUAGAUGCUCUGGACUUCUUGUUUUCAAACACUUUUGGAGGAACAACACUCUGGGUUCAAGGUGCGCUACAAAGCUUGCAAAAGAUCUUGUGUUAAUGCCGAGGGUUCCAGAAGGCGUUGGCCACAGUUUGCCAGUUUUUCAACGUUCUUCUCUUAAUCUCUAACCCUCAACGACUUGCCUAAAAUAUACGAAACCGAGAACCUAACGAUUUUUUAAUGUUCCCUCUUUUCUUAAGCCCCGUCCACACGUAUUCGUUUCCAUUUGAAAACACAACUUUUUCUUUACGGAUACGGCUUCCGUCCACACGUAUCCGAUGAAAACGGAACUUUUCGAAAACGCUCUCCAAAGUGGAACUUUUUGAAAACGCUGUUUUCGCGUGUACGUGUGGACAGACGAAAACGGAACUUUCCGAAACAACAUCAGUUCCAUUCCACUCCGCGCAAUAUUAGAAACUUAUUCAAGAUGGCGGACAGGCGUUUCCCUUUCUUGUCUUUUAACACGUAUGCGUCAAGCAUGCGCAGUUUUCGUUCUCAAAUCGAUUCAUCGUAUACGUGUGGACGGGAGAAUACGAUGCGAAAACGCUGCGAGUGGACGCGAAUUUUUUUGAAAACGGAGAAAAAAAGUUUCGUUUUCAAAUGAAUACGGAUACGUAAACCUUUAGCAUUUAAAAAUGCUAGUUUUCUGACGUGCAAUACCGUUUCUUUCAUAUUCGAGUCUACCCCAAUCCGUUUUGCUUCCUUUUAUGCUUGUGUUUACAUCGCCGUUCAACUGGACUAUAAUGGGCUUCAUACUCGUGUGUCCAAUAGGCCAUAUUUCACGAUGACGACAUUUGACUACAGCUAUUAGAAUUUAUUUUGUUUUUUUCUUUCGUAUUCAAGUUUGUCAACCCCGCUGCGGCUUAAAAAACAAUAGUCCUAAUUUGCACAAGAAAUCAACAAACUGAAGGAUUCUGUUAGUUGUAGUAAAAGUUCGUCAUAGUGCAAUUCUCCUUUAAUCCGUUAUUUAUAGGCGGUAUUUUCUACUUCUUCCACGUCUUGCAAUGAUCGCACCUCUUUAUUUAUGCUUCAAGAAAGGGUGUGGAGGAACUGAAGCCUCGAAACACGGAAGUCUAAGUUGGAGAGUCUGAUGCACCGACCCCUUCUUAACACUGCUUGCUUGUGUCCUCAGUCUUGAUCCUCACGCCAGAAGUCUAAUUAUUAUUCAUUCAAAAUAUUUCUCCGUGUCUGAUUGGCUAAAAUCACACGCAUAAUUCAUUAUAACCAGCUAAUGUUGACCAAAUUUGGAAGAAUUUUGCCACAUUGAACCGAUGACGUCAAAAGUGCAGCGAAAGUUGCAGAUUACUGAACCGUUAACCGAGAAAACCUGUGGACGAGUUAGUGAAAACAAUAUGGCAGAACAGUCGGCAGAACAUUAGCAGAACACUAACAUCGACCAAGGUAUUAAAGCUUGUUUUAGCUUGUUUUCAAAAUUCGGUUUAUUUUGAAUGAAUAAUAAAGCAAUUAUUGAAUUCGACUUUCGUUGGAUGUGAAGGAUUCUGCAGAUCUCGGAGGGUGUUAUCCACCGAGGCCGAAGGCCGUCGGCCUCGGUAUAUAACACGCUCCGAGAUCUGCAGAAUUCUUCAUAAGUUAAUUUUUCCCAUCCUACUCAGCCUUGCUAAUUGCUAAUUAUCAGUGUCAAGUCAGUUCUCCUUGUAGCAAAGACAACAAUUUAUAACAAUUAAUUGCAAAAAGAAAAGUUCUAAGAGAACUUGAGUUUUCACUUAAUGUAAUCUGAACAGAGACGAGUUGAAACUUCAAUUAUCAUUCUUUCAGCUUCAAGAUCUCGCUGACAGUCCAAGAUUACAGAAUCCAAGUUUGAACACAGCUGAGUGUAUCACCGAGGGGCAUAAACCGAACUUAACAGAUAAAGGACGUCGUGCUUAUAUAAUAACAACAAUGUGGCUGUCUUGUAUCUUUUCAGUCUUUCUCGGCCCUUGGGUGGCUACAUUUACUGUCGUAUCUUUUAAAAACUUCAAAAAAAAAUCGCCUACCAUGUUCCGUGCUCUAAUAUUUGUUUCAAGAUUCCUAUUCUUAGUAGAAGUUGGACUUUUCAUUGCGGUCGUUGCGUUAUUAUUCGCACAAAGUGGUGGUCCUAUUAAAUACCAUAUCUUAGCAAUCCUAUUUAUCAUACCGCUGACGGGGCUUAGUUUUGCCUAUGAUAAUCAGAAUAAUCCGAAUAAUAAUAAUCAGGAUAAUCAGAAUAAUCAGAAUAAUAAUGAUAAUAAUAAUCAGAAUAAUCAGAAUAAUAAUGAUAAUAAUAAUCAGAAUAAUCAGAAUAAUAAUAAUAAUAAUAAUCAGAAUAGUCCGAUUUCGCCAGCCGCGCGAAUUGUUAUCUAUCUGUUGGCAUCCAUGACUUGUUAUCAUUUUUGCUGGAUUGUUAUUGGGGUUAUGAUGAACGCGUUGUGGGGUGUUUCUGUUGUUCUGUUAAUUUGUGUUGUCAUUGUUGUCCUUGUCUUUAUAGUUAGUAAUUUCUUUGAGCAGCUGAAGAAAAAAUAUCAUAAACUUGCCAUGUUAUAUUUGUCAUUGAUACUUCCUUUCCUUUCCCUUAUUACGUUAGUGAUUUUAAAUGGGCAAUCAUUUUUUGAAAAAGACACUACAGAUAGCAUAGUAAAAACAGUUAUUCUAUCGGUCAUUACUGCCGUUAUAUCAUGGACUGUGCUCCCCCGAGAAGGUAACGGGCCCGCGAAUGAGCCAGAAGGCAACGGGCCCGGAAAUGAGCCAGAAGGCAACGGGCCUGCGAAUGAGCCAGAAGGCAACGGGCCUGCAAAUGAGCCAGAAGGCAACGGGCCCGCAAAUGAGCGAGAAGGCAACGGGCUCCCAUAUGUGCGAGAAGACUGCGCGUCAGAGGCGCUACUGCAGGAUACACAGGUAUGAAAACACGCCGAGACAUGACUUAAUCUUAAACAGUUGUUGGGCGACUUUGACCUAAAAAUAUCGCGAUUUUUCAGUUGCUGGCGGUUCAGGAAUUGGC